AUGAGUAGUCAACGAUUUGGAAUGAUAAUUUUUUUUUUUCCAACUGAUAUUGAGCGGUGCGAAAAGUAUUGGGAUUUUUUGUGCGUAGAGUCAUGCGAUCAGAAAAGUGGUGGAAACACAUGUAAAUCCAGAAGACGAAGGAACAGCGAUCAAAACGAGGUUGUCACUACAAUUCAAAAAGAGGAUUUAGAAAACAAAGGCAACAAAAAGCGUACAAACAACAGAGGAACGAAAAAGAAAAUAUUGGAAGAAGCAAAUAAUAGCAAGCUUCGAGAUGUGCAAGUUCGGGUAGAGGAUUGUUUGGAAACGAACAAGUUUCCCGUUUUGGAAGCUAGAGAAGAAGGAGAGGUUCCUGCCGUUUUAUCCGAAGGCAGCGACAAAGAUGAAUCGGUCGUGAAGGAUACUCACGGUAAUUCCGACGACAGUGAAAACAACGGUAAAAACUUAAAAGGUGAAAAAAGUCCGCAGCGUUCUUUCAAUUCCAAUACGUCUGAACUAUUAAAGGGUGUCGCUAUUGAAAGUAAAAGCGAGGUUCAUUCCAAGCAGGAAAGGACGUUUACGGCGGAUCCGAAAAAAAUCGCGGAAGUGUUUUAUAAAAGGACCGUUAAGAGUGGAAUUAUAAAAAGUGCCGAAAUCAACAGGGAUAAGCCAAACGAUAACGUCACGAGGGGUUGCCGUUCGAAUUCAAUCGUGCUAAAUUCAAGUCAUGACGAGGCCGGCCCGCCGGUGAUCACGUCCGCUCCGGAGUGCAACAGCGUCGACGAUGACGGUCCCUUGUCUAGGUCCUCGCCGUUCAAGAUGGAUGACGCGGCGGGCACGGCGGUGUCGCGCUUUCCAGACGAUCGAUCAGAUUCAGGAGUAAGUUCGUUCCGCUCCGGAAGCGGGGAUGAGCGCUCCGGAUCUAGAUCCAGCGCCUUGAGCAUUUCCGACGAGCCUCAGUCGCAGCUACAAACUACAACUACUCAACCUACAAACAGAUCUCCUUUAUUUAUUCCUACGAAUACUUCGCAUAACAACGAUAAACCUAGUUCGGAACCCGUUCGCGUGUGGAGAGACCCUAGUUUAGCAGCAGAACCACGUGUUCGGCACGUGCAAAGUGUUCAGCAUCAGACUCUUCUCAUGUCGCACCCACCGCCUGCAUCGGCGCCGCAGCCGCCCUCGAAUAAUUCAGCGCCGAGCGUUUCACAAGCCCAGCAAGCCCUAGCCCUGGUACAGGCACAAACUGCUCACUACCCUCCCGUUCCGCCGCCUCCUUUACUCAGCCCUCAUCCACUUCAUGUGCCCUUGCCGCCCCCAGGACUGUAUUCCCAGUUGCCGGAAGUGCUGUGGAAACAGAGGUAUCCACCUUUACCGGUGGCUCCUCAUCUACUGGGACCGACUCACACGUCCGCGGAAGAACUGCUGGAAAGAGAGCGAGCAUUUUUUCAAGAUAAGGAUCGUUUGCUUCGGUGA